GCAAUUUGAAAAUGAGCUCAGGUCUAGAAUUUGAAAACCAACAGUCUACUAUGAUUAACUUGAAAAAAGAGCAACAUUAAAGUCUCUAUUUACUGCUCAUACUGCCACUGUCAAUCUUACUCUUGAGGCUAGUUAUGACAUUUCCUUAUUCAUCGCUAAAUCUGGGAAAAAACCAUACUAUAGGAGCAGCAUUUCUUAAAACGGUUAUGGAAAAGACAUGAGAGCUAUGCCACUCAGUAACAAUACUGUUAGCACAAGAAUAGAUGAAAUGAGUGAAGAUAUUAAAAUACAACUUGUUGAAAAACUGAAAACAAGAAAAGUCUCAGUGCAAAUGGAUGAAUCAAUUUUGAGAGACAAUGAGGCUGUAUUGAUAACUUGCGUAAGAUAUAUUGAUAAAGGGUAUUUUGCUGAAGAAAUGUUGUUAUGUAAAUCAGUGGUCACCAAACUUUUUAUCGCCGCAGAC